AUGCAUGCUCGAAACUGCAUAGCUGAGCAACCGUUGUGCAAGUCUUUGGCCGAGUCCAACUUGAUUGCAGACAUGGCUACCAACUGUGUGGACGAGAACUCCAAACCGUGGAUGCAUGCCCCGGUGAGCGGCGCCCUCUGUCCUCAGGAGGUUGUGCUCAAAGGCGCGGCGAAGGAAGGCGCGGCGAAGGAAGGCGCAGAGAAACGUGACAGCAACAAGCCUAGAGAGCAAAUCCCCGAAAACGUGGGGUGCUUGUGCCCGUCAGAUUCGCAAAACACUCGUGUGGUUUCUGAGUUCUCCUCUUCCGUCUCCGCUGAGGCAUCGGUGGAAUGCCCACCGUCGGGCGAGGGCAAGCGCAAGUCUCCACACAGAGGGUCUUUUUCUAUCUCUUCUUGCUCGGAAGGAGAAACUGCAUCCACGGCAACAGGCCAGCUUUCCCCGGAACCGAAGGCUUCGCCCCAGUCCCCGCCCUCAUCCUCGAGAGCAGCCCUUCCGGCCAACCCGAGCCUCACAGCUACAGAGCCUGCCUGCCACUCACUUGCAACGACGCACAGCGGCGAGAAAACAGACGGCUCUUCCGCUUCUGCGUGUCGUUCGUUUUCUCAAACAACCGCGUCCGAAGCUCCUUCUCGCCUUUCUUCAGGUGUAUCUACCCCCCCCGACCACCCCCCCUCUGAGCGCAGGGGGUCCGAGGAACACCCGGCGCCUCGCGACAAGGCCACGUCGUCCUCUGGGGCUGCCGUUCUCGUCUCUGGUUCUUCCGCCGACAACUCUUUCUCAGACAAGUUCGCUCCUCGCUCGUGUCUUUUAGAAUCCUCCGCAAACAGGGCGCCGGCAACCGGGGCCGCCUGUGCAUGUGCCGAAGCAGAGGAAACGCCGUCGCAGGACCGAGAAGCCAUGUGCGUGGACGCGGAGCAGCUGAGAGCGGACGAAGGCGAGACGGCGGCAACUACCACGUGCGGGGAGUCUCCAAAGGAUUCAGCAGAGAACAGAGCCUUGGGAUGCCCCCCGGCCCGCGACUCGGGACUUGCUCGGUCCGCCUCGACUGCUUCACUCAACGAAGGGGAACCUGCAGGGAAGAGGGGAAAAGGGGAAGAGGGCGAAGGCGAGAGCGAAAACGUGGUGACAAGCGCACAAGCUUCACAGCCGGGAACCACUGAACAGAGCCGUCGGGAUGAGGCGCCCAAAUCCGGAGGCAGAGUCGACGCGAAAAUGCGAGCGAAAUUCAAGAGAGAGUUCGUCCGCAGCUGGGUUGACAUCAACCGCGCGCCUUCCUGGCCUCCCAUCAAGAAAAACAAGUACCUGAGCAGCGACUGGAAACGCGUCGACCUCCGGACUGCGGCAGGCGAGAUCCGCGUGGAAACGAAGAAGCAUCGCCUCUUUCUAAACGAUUUGUGCUUCUUAUUCGAUGGCGUCUACACUCAAAAGAGCACCCUCGGCAGAAAGGCGGGACUCGGUCUCUUCUGCGAACGCCCUGAGGGCCUGCACAAGGGUCAAAUUAUCACAGAAUUCGUCGGCUGGCUGGUCGAUCGAGACUUGGCUGAAAGUUACAGGAAGCAGCGAACAGCCUCCCACAUCGUUGCCGUGCAGAAAGGCUUUUUGUACAUCGAUGGAGCCAAGGAGCCCGCGUACGGCAUGGGCGGCGGAAGCUUCGCGAAUGACGGCAGCGAGUUCCUUGGAGGGCCGGGAAACAAUGCGCAGUUCUACCACUGGUUCGACGACGAGUUGGGGAGAACGAGGGUUUUUCUGCGAGCGACUGCUGACAUCAAGAAUGGAGAAGAGAUUUUUGUCCCCUACCACAAAACCUACUGGGUUGACAACUUUGAAGAGCAGGCCGAGAAUUGCCCGGACGCCUUCAAGCAGCGGAAGCUGGAGCAGCUCCGGCGCCGCUACAAAAAUCCGGAAUUUGUGCACAUUCCUCAUCGAGAAGAGGUAGCGCUGCGCGAGAAGGAAGCGGCAGAGAGGAAGAAGCGAGAGAAGGAAGAAAGCGAGAAGAAGAAGAGAGAAGCCGCGAAGCAGCCGAGGUGUCCCGUCAAGCGACCGUGCUCCGCGUACCUCCUCUAUUCCGUCGCGCGGCGGAAGGAGCUCAUGAAGACGUGCGGCAUCUCUGCAAAAGGCGAAGAGCCGUCGGAAGAUGCAAAGCCGGCGGGCGAAAAUGGAGACUCUGGGCGAGGCGAGGAAGCGGGGGACUCUGGCGGAAGGAAACGGCGCGGCUCCACGCUCCCACGUCCGUCGACGUCGGGUGCGGCCCCGUCCGCCGAAGCGUCAGCCGCCAAUGGGUGCUCGGGAUCGGCUAAUAAACGGAGAAGAUCCGCGAAAGAGGAGGCGCGUUCCCAAGACGAAGGAGCAAAGGACGCGGGGUCGGCCCCGGGUUCCAGGCGUGCCGCUGCGCGCCCGUCCGCCAGUCCUGGCGACGAGACGGCUCGCAGGCUGGCCAGCUGGCUAGCCAAGGACUCGCCGAACUUGCGGGGCGUGUGUGCAGAGCUGACGCGGGAGAUUGCCCGAGAGUGGGGGGCCUUGAGUCCCGAGCAGAAGAAGCCCUGGGAACAGGUCGCGGAGAAGGAGAAGGCGCGCUACGUCAAGGCAGUCCAGGCGUGGAAGGAGAAGUUGAAGAAGGGCGGGAAGCUCGAGAAGAAGGGGCGAAAACGAAAGACAGCCUCCGCGGGCCCGAGAAAGGAGCGGAGCUCCGAAGAGGGAGCGAAAUCAGGCGACAAGACCAAGGCCGAACAAGAGACAACCCGCCCCGCCGAGGAGUCGCCGGAGAAAGGGAAGCGGGAUGACAACGGAUGGACACAGGGCGAGGAGACAGGCAGAUGCGAGACGGCAAAGGAGCGAUGA